AUGAAUUUAUUUAUUAAAGAUGGAGUAUGGUGCCUAGAAAAUGUAACAGAGUGGUUUGCUCGUAUAGAAAUGCAAUUACGAGGUACACCAUAUUCACAUAUACCAAUUAGGAGAGCUUGGAAUGCUGAUAUGGAUAUUCAAUUUGUACUUGAUCCAUAUGCUUGUGCUAAAUAUCUUAUGUCAUAUACAACAAAGCCAGAACGAGAGAUGAGUUUAUUACUAGAAGCAACUCAUAAAGAAUGCCGUGAAGGAAAUAUGUCUGUUCGUGGAGAAAUGAAAAAAUUAACAGGUAUAUUUUUUAAUCAUCGACAAGUUAGUGCACAGGAUGCUAUUUAUCGUGCUGCUAAAAUGCCACUGACACAUUCAAGUCGAGGCUUUGUUUUUGUACUAGCACAUUCGAAUAGUGGUAAAGUUUUAAAGCCAUAUAAUAUAUUAAAGCAAAUGAAUCCAGAUGAUGAAAAAAUAUUUAUGUCUAGCUUGGCUGACAAAUAUUUUGAUAAACCAAAAGAUUCUGAAUUCUGUAUUUGUAUGGCAGAUUUUGCAUCUGAAAAUGAAAUCAUAUCAAUCACAAAAAAUAUUAAAGAUCCUAAGGAAUCAAUUAAACGAUUACAAACACCAAAUUUGCUAUUAAAAAACGUUGUUUGUCUCAUACAAGCAAAUCUAUGGGGUGCUAUGCAUUCUCGUCUUACUCAAACAAUGGGUAUACAUCCGAAUACAGCUAUUUUUGGUAAUGUUGAAAUAAUUGCUAUUGGUGACUUUUGUCAAUGA